AUGAGUCAGGACUAUUUUCCCGGUGGGGGCUCCUCAAGGUCCGCCUCAUCUCGUUUUGCUGGUGAAGAAGAAGAACGAAAUCCUUUCCAACCUCAACCCCCGCCGGCCUAUAUGACCGUGGGUAAUGGGUCGACCUCGGAGAAUGCAACCGCUCUUAUGACCUCGCUCGGCCACGACUCGGGCUACGGGGGCAGCAUCGCCGAUGAUCAGGCCACAAACGAAGAUCUGAAUGCCUCUUGGCGUGCUGGGCUUAUGGAAGACCGACCAACCCCGGCGCAUACCCCCAACCGUCCCGGCGAGUACAAUCCGGCUGCCGAACACCAAAGACAAGUUGUCGCAAAUCAUGUUCAUCAACUUCUCUAUAACUCGAACCGCACAAAGCUCGGUCGUGCAAUUUCCCGCACUGUCGAAACACUGAAGGAAUUACAGGAUAUGAAUCGCCAGUGGCCUGCCCAUUAUCCAUCGGUCCAAAAUGCUCAAACUGCGCCAUCAUCACCCUCACCACAUCCGCAAGUACAACGCGCCCAGUCAGACCUGGGACGGGAUGAUAACGGACCCGAUAGCCCUCGUCCCGAAUUAAAGCGGGCUUCAACUACUAUGAACGGAGAAGAUCUUGGUGAAUCUAGUGCUGCUGCUGAACGCCGAGCACCGGCGGAGCCCAGAUUGAUCACUCCACAGAUCGCUCAAGAGUUUUCGAUCCUCAAACUUGACCUUAAGCUGGGAGCUUUGUCUCAGGCGGAACUGGUACAUUCUUUGGAGAAGGCUUCAAUAGCUUCUUUACUGGAUGGAAAGAUUGGUCAAAGCAUCAAGCAUCUGCUUUCUCUGCGGGACCGAAUUGAAGACACUUCAAGCAAGGUUCUGAUCACAGGAGAUCUUAAUGCCGGCAAGUCCACAUUCUGCAACGCCCUCCUCCGCCGUAAAGUGUUACCUGAGGACCAGCAACCUUGCACUAGCAUUUUCUGUGAGGUGCUUGAUGCCCGUGAGAAUGGUGGAAUUGAAGAAGUGCACGCCGUGCACAAAGAGAUCCCAUAUGAUCGUAACGAUGAACGUACCUACGACGUUUACUCCCUGAAGGAGCUUGAGGACAUUGUCAUCGAUAACUCUAAGUACAUGCAGUGCAAGGUUUAUGUUAAGGAUGUGCGGUCGAUUGACGAGUCUCUUCUCAACAACGGUGUGGUUGAUAUUGCUUUGAUCGACGCUCCAGGCUUGAACUCAGACUCUUUGAAGACAACAGCAGUUUUUGCACGCCAAGAAGAAAUUGAUGUCGUUGUCUUUGUAGUGUCUGCCGCCAACCACUUCACCCUUUCUGCGAAGGAAUUCAUUCUGAAUGCUGCCCAUGAGAAGGCCUACAUUUUCAUGGUAGUGAACGGCUUUGAUCAGAUUCGAGACAAGCAACGCUGUGAGCGUAUGAUCUUGGAUCAAGUGGGCAAACUCAGUCCUCGCACGUACAAAGAGGCUGCUGAGUUGGUGCACUUUGUCUCAAGUAACGCUAUCCCCGUUGCUCCUGCUGGGGCUGUAUCACAAUCUGGUUCAGGCAGUGGAGGUGAUGGUGGCGAUUCAGACCCUCACGAUGAUGAUGAUGACGAUGACGAUAAAAAGGGUAAGGGCAAGGGUAAAGCCAAAGAGAAGGAAAAGAUUCAGGAUUUUGAAAACUUGGAAGGUGCUUUGCGACGCUUUGUUCUUGAGAAACGCUCUCGGUCAAAACUUGCUCCUGCUCGCACAUAUCUCCUGAACCUUCUUGCUGACAUCAACUCGCUUGCCACUGUUAAUCGUGACGUGGCCCAAUCCGAGCUUACCCGGGUUACUGAUGAGCUAGCGGAGCUUGAGCCUGCAUAUGAGAACGGCAAGCGGAAGAAGAGUGAACUGACAGAAGGUGUGGAUCGAGCUAUCGACGAUUCAUGUGACGAUGUCUACAAUCACACUCGUUCCACGUUGUCUGAUACAAUUGCGCGCGUCUCUGAGGCAAAUCUGGGUGUUGAGUAUCCUGGUCUUUUUUCCGCCUUCAAAUACGCUGAAGAUAUCAAACUCGCCAUGCUGGACCAGAUCUCUGCGGCUGUGAUGGGUUGUGAGGACUAUGCCAGAGACAAGACCGUGCAGGGUGUUGGCUUUAUCCAAAACAUUGGUUUGCUACACGUCGGGGAAGACAAGUUCAGUGCGCUCAACUUCCGAGGAGACUUGAUGUUCCGACGUGGUCGUCGUCACACCUUUGGUCGACAGGUCGAUACUGAAGUUGAACUCUGGGACUUCUUCGACCUUGCUGGUCUAUGGGAGCGCCAGGAGAAGAUGGCUGGAACUGGUGUCGCGAUGACCGCAGUCACUGUGGUUGGAAGCAGAGUUUUCGGAGGUUUCAGCUGGGUUGAUAGCGCACUCAGCACGAUUAAGCUCCUUGGUCCGAACAACGUGCGCAGGCUCUUCCUUCCCGGUGUCCUUGCAGUUGCUGCUUUGACUGCCGCCUAUGUGGUCUCUUCCAUCCCAACGACUUUGCCUCCCCGGAUCUCCAAGAAGAUUGCGGUGGCGCUUGAAGACAUGGAUUAUGUCCAUUCGAAUGCCAACCGCAUCUCGACUGAAGUCCGACGUAUCCUUCGUCUUCCAGCCAAGAAUCUGCAAACUAGCCUAGCUCAGGACAUUGAGGACCUUGCUCGUCGUAAGCAGGAGGUCGCCAAGGUCAAGCAGGAGAGCGAAGUUGCCACCAAGUACUUCUCAAACCUGUUCCGCGACAGCUCUGAGAACCGCCGCUCCGUCGAAGACCUCGACCUCGAUGGCCCCCUUCCUGGCGCGAUGGGUGCUUAUGACCCAUGA